AAUUGGAUGCAUUAAGAUUCUGAAUUGUACCUGUACCUGUAGAUUCCUACUUGUGUAUUAUAUUCUGCUAUAUAAAAUAUGUGUGAAGAAAUAUGUUAGAAAACUGUAAAAAAAUUGAUUAUUGUAAAAAAGUGGAUAAAACACAGUUGACACCCUAACCCCAGUACAAAACAACACUUUGAAAAUUGAACGUUAUUAUGACACAUGUGACAGCUUUAAACUGUAGUUGACUAAAAACAUGAAGGAUUGGAGUUUUUCGGCCUCUUCUAUUUAACUAGCGUACAUAUCUAUUUCAAUUUGGAUGACUUCAUUUUCCUGUUGACAAAUACCUGUAAGAAAAUGACAUUUUUUGGGGGGGUGUAAUUUAACUAGAUUCAAAGGGAACACACCUACCGGUACUCUAGAAAUUGUGUUAAUAGUGACAGUAUAUAGUUUUUAUUUGUUAAUCAAGGAUAUUGUACAUGUGGAUUUUUACAAAACAAAAUGGAUAUAUUUUUAUGGGAUAAUAAUGUCUGUAGAUAAAAAAAGGAUUGUUGAUCAUAUUGUAAUAAUUUCCGGUCGAUGUGAUCUGGGAACAUUAAGUUAUGAAUACCUUGAUUGUUGAUAUUGUAAUAUUGCCUUGUUGAUAUCCACUACAAUGAUGUGAUCUGGAAAUAUUAAUUUAUGAUUACAUUAAUGGUUGAUAUUAUUGUAAUAAUUCCCUGUUGAUAUCAGCUAUAAUGAUGUGAUCUGGAAACAUUAAUUUAUGGAUACCUGGAUUGAAAAUUACUAAAAUGUUGAAAUGGACAAAACUAAACGAUUCAUCCAUUACCAUCAAUUAUUUACUGGUUUUCUGGCAUUUAGAUGUAUUUCGGAGAAGUUAUCGCAGAUUAAAUGGUCACAAUUGUAUGGGAAAUUCCUGUAUAUUUUGUGCUUUAAAGAUUAUAUUCACACAGUUUCAAUACAGUGAUAAAUCCUCCCUCCAUCCUGAUGCCUUACGUAAAGCUUUGGCCGAGACCUUUGCUAAUCAGCAAAGAUUUCAACUGGGACACAUGGAUGAUGCUGCAGAAUGUUUUGAAAAUAUCCUACGAAGAAUCCACUUCCAUAUUGCAGGAAGCUGUGAAGAAGAUACCUGUAAUGCCCCGCAUUGUCUACCCCAUCAGAAGUUUGCUAUGCAAGUGGUAGAUCAGGUUGUGUGUUCAUGUGGUGCCAGUUCUAACCCUUUAAAGUUCCAUGAAAUGGUUCAUUAUAUUUCAUCUAGUGCUCUUGUAUCGCAGGCCAGAUCUAUGCAGGAAACUGGUGAUAUACUACAUCCAGAUAGAUUUGGAAUACUUUUACGCAAUGCCAGUACUUUGGGAGAUAUUCGUGAUUGUCCAGGUAAUUGUGGUAAAAAGGUUCCAUUAAAAAGAACUCUAUUAAACUGUCCUGAUGUUGUAAGUAUAGGUUUAGUAUGGGAAUGCGACCAUCCUACAGCUGAAAUGACAACAGAAGUUGCCAGGAAUAUUGGCACCACCAUUCUGUUACAAGAUGUUUUCCAUACAGUCAUGCAGGAUGUAAAAGUUUUACCUAAAUUGCAUUUAGUGGGUGUGGUCUGUUACUAUGGUAAACAUUAUUCAACUUUCCUCUUUAACAGCAAACAACAAGUGUGGAUUUAUUUUGAUGAUGCAACAGUUCGAGAGAUCGGACCAAGAUGGGAGAAUGUCGUAGAGAAAUGUGCUAAAGGAAGAUAUCAACCUCUUCUGCUACUCUAUGCUAAUCCCAAUGCUGUACCUGUUCCCAUAGAUACAGCCAUGAAGAAGAAAGUUAUGGCUCCAGGAUUUACAGGAGUUCCACUGGUGGAUGAUAGUGAUAGCGGCCAUGACAGAACCCAAGAAAGUAUCAAAAGUAUGAAUUCCUCAACCCCACGUAGAUCAAGGACGCCAAAUCCAGAUGGUAACAACAUGAGGCCUGAUACAGACAGACGGUCUAGAACACCUGGUCCUGAAUAUCGACCAGAUCCUAACAACGUGCCCAAACGUACUGAUAGUGAUCAUCGCAGGCAGCCAUCUUUUCUUAUAGCCAUGUCAGGAAAAUCUGAUCGUCCUAACCGAGUACCAUUACGACCCGGAGGAAGUUCAACUUAUGCUGAAAAGGACAAUAUUCCCGAUUACGGUUAUAAUCCACAUCCAAAUAAUAGACAACAGUAUAACGCAUACGGUAGGGAAGACGUAGAUGAUUAUACCUUAUCAACCAGAGAUCAAUACAGACGGCCGUCUUUAAAUUCAAUGUCUCCACAAAACACUCAGCAUAUAUCACGAUCAACAGCAGAGUCUCAGAGAAAGGAACCUUUCAAGAAAGGUAACACUAAAGUUAGAGCUGAUGUGAUUCGUUACGUACCGGGUGACUAUAAUGGUGGACAUCCUGGGUAUAAUGGACAAGUGCCACGUCACAUGGAGCCUACAAGUCUACCACCAGGAGAUGGACCUCCACCUUAUCAAUCGCGGGCACUUUCAGUUCCUCCUAAUCUAGAUGACUCUAUCAGUGUUCACUCAGACAUAGUGAACCCAAAUCAACAUCGUGUUGUCAAGCCAUCAACGGGUAAUCACAAUUAUGAGAACAUAAACACUUCUACCCAUACACCAGUAGAAGUCGGCAUAGCAACGCUUCCCAGAAAGAAGAAACAACAAAGUCCUAGUGAACCGAAUACCAUGACACGACAAUCUUCUAUGGGUAAUCUCAGCAGUCAAGGAUCUCACCCGCGUCAGUCUUCUAGAGAUUUGGUCGAUGGACCAUCUGCUGCCAAAGUUGAGCCGAAACCGGUUAGAAAAACUGUUGCUCAGGUGAAACGAGCAUCGGAUAAAAAGAAACCUCCGCCUCCAAAGAGAAGUAAUUCUUUGCCCCGUAACACGGAACCUCAUCCAGAAGAUUUUGUGGAUGAUAAAAUCGUUUAUAUUGAUCGUAAGAUGGUGGCCAAUAUUUUAGAUCAACAAAGACACUCAACACCUCAUAGUAAUGGCAGUGUCAAUGGCACGGAUGAUACCUUGAUGAGUAAAUUGCUUAAUUCAAAAGGUUUGAGUGUGGAGAUUCCCUACGAUAAUGUUUCGUUGGGUUCACAUAAAGAUUCCGGUUAUGGUAGCAGUGAUCGCAACAGUUCUAGUUCAACUGGAAGUGUUACCAUGGAUCCGUAUAAUCAGUUCUUCUUGACAAGAGGUAUGAUUGUACCAACACCGACACCAGCCCCCAACAACUACAGUCAAGAAACAUCUGGGUAUAAUAAAGGGGAGGUUACUCUUGUUAAUGGUAUGCCAAAAUCAAACUCCACCAAUUCAAUGAAGCAGGAUUUAACUAGUCAGUUUGAAAAUUUGAAACUAAAUAGAAAUGGUGAAGUACCACCUCCAGUUCCUGUCAAAAAUUAUAAUGUGGAGGUAGAAUGUCCCCAACCAAUACCUGCUGGAAAUGGAUUAGACAAAGACGGUAUGAAAAAUGAACAGUUUAAGACGUUACUUGGAUUUGCUGAUGAUUUAAUGGAUCAGUGUAUGUUAGCUGAAACUAAUAAAGAUUAUCCCUCGGCAGUACAUUAUUGUGAUACUGCUAUUGGUUAUUUAAAGAGUGCUAUAAACUUAAAGAAUAUUACGCAUCAAAUGGUCGUUUUUGCCCAAAAUCGACAUAGUUCCUGUCUGAUGAAAUCUCGCAGCCUAAAAGUUCGCUUGUCCUCCAGAUCUGACUCUAAACUUUCGCCGGUCAAUGAUUUACGUGGUUCUACUGAUAAUAGAUCAAGUAUAAACAGUACUGAUUCUGACCUUUCGAGAGCAUCUCAAGAGAGGACAAGACGAACAAAUGGUUCUUCCGAGAGACUUGAUAAUCUGGAUAAACCCGGACUACCAGUGUCUCAUAUGAACUCGUUACAUGACAGACAGAGCAGUAAUCAGAGCCUUCACAAUACGCAGAAUAUGGGACCUGAUCAUUCAAGACUUCCAGACAAUUCACGAUCAUUAUGUCGAACUCUUUCAGAUCAUUCAAAAAAUGCAUCCAAUCAUUCUUAUUCGGACAGUAAUUCAUCAGUGCGAACAUGUGUUCCUUCAGGUCACGUGUCUCAAAGUUCACGCGAUUCAACGUUGUCAAACAAUAGUGAUAUGUAUGGUUCUCUUCCACGACGGACGGCGCGAGGUCCUCCGCCGAAAGAAGAAGUGUAUCAAUCAUAUCUAAACAAACAAAAAUCAUUACAUCAAGGUGUUGAACACGCACGAUCAUCGUCUGGGUCUAGUACGACUAACUCUAUUGAUGGUAGUAUCCAUUCAGAUAAUAGUGGUUCUGAUCCGCAAUUGCGAUCUCAUCUGCGAAGUCAACCAAGGAUGAGUAAAUCAGAUAUAAGACAGAUGCUACAGAAGAAUAUAGCCCAAAGACAAGCACACGGUUCAACCAAUAGCAGAAAUACUCAACAAGGACAAACUGUAAAUAGAAUACAACAGAAUGAGAGUCCUGUACCACAGACAAUGGUGAAGUCAGCUGAUGCCGCAUACCGACAGCCUAAUACGAGACAACCAGAGGUUGGCAGUUACCAACGAUCAGUACCUAAUACUGCAUGUAGGACGUCUGGUCCACUGUCGUCGACUGGUGUUCCUACUACAAAUGGCGGAAAUAAACCACGUGUUAUUAAGCCGUGUAUAAAACAAAAACCCAUAAUGGUUGCCUCUCAAUUUUCGAAAAGUAGCAACUGUUUGAAUGUUUAUGGCGGCAAAGCAUUGGAACGCUGCACGUCUCAACCCGAUUGCCAGAAACUUGUAGAUUCUCCAUUCUUUAAUAAUCCAGAUUCACUAUCAAACACUAUGUCAUUGAAACCAGAUAAGGGUCUACGAGCAUCUUCAGCAAGCCAGCCAGAUCUUAGAAACUUAACGGAUGAAAGAUUUAACAGCAAUAUCGUCCCACAUGAUAAUUUAGAUUCGUCGGGAGAAGAUGCAGAAGCCAUGAGACUUAAUGUUCGAGCUUUGGCUUCUCGCUUCGAAACUUCUAAAUCACCGACAAAUCAAGUAGUUAUUGUGCCGAAAGAUAUUGAAAAGCCUACAGUGGGACAUCGUGUACGUAGUAAAUCAGAAUCGUCGUCUGUUAAAAAACCUAAAUCUGUGCUAACAAAAACAAAAAAUAAGAGUUCUCGUCCUCGGAAAUCUGUGACCUUUUCUGAAAAUCUGGCCUUGGUGGCGGGAGAAACAGGUGGAUAUCAGUCUUCAUCAGAAAUAAACUCAUCCCGUUUUAUGGACGAUCCGGCUUAUUACAGUGAUGACGAAGAUCGUCGACCACGUUCACACUUUAAUAACGAUGAAGACAUUGACAGUAAUAAUAGUGAUGAAUCGCCACCGAUUGGAACGGGUGCAGGAUUUUGUGAAUUGUGUCAAAAACAGGGAAUAGAAAUAGACGAAAACUAUUGUUCUAAGUGUCGUUUUUAUAUGCAUCGAUUCAUGCCCUCCAGUUGAGAGUGCCUUCAUCAGUCCAAACUUUCUUAAUUUCAACUUUUCGUCCAUUUGACAUAUUACAAAGUGUUUGUUCAUUAUGAAUUAAAUUUUUAAUCUUAAAGUAGAAAGAUAAAUAUUUGUAUCUCUUAUUCUUUUAAUUGUUGAAAGAUAUAAUAUAGAAUAUUAUAUUAUUUAUUGUGAAUUUUACACUAGUUAAAAUAGAGCACGUUAAUAGAAAGCUAUGUAAAUAUCCAUAAUGAAUUGUACAGGAUUGGAAGUUGGAAUUUCAUCGUAUAUAUUUAUCAUUAUAAGAAUUUAUGUUAAAUGUUUGAUAAAUGUAUUAAUGUUCCUCCACUGCCAUCAAAUGGUCAUUACACAAUAAACAUGAUUUUGUCUAAUUGUAAUUGUAUAAACCUAUUGUAUGUUGUACACCAAAGAUGUAAAUUAUAAGUUGUACAACAUUAUUCUAUAUAUUUGUUAUCAUUUUCAUAUCAAAGAAAUUGUAUAGUUUAUUGAAAUUUUGUGUAUUUAUGAUAAAGAUGUUUUUUGUAUAUUAUGUAUAUUUUGUAAUGUGGUAUGACAUUGUAGAUCAUAUAUUUUGUAUUUCAUCAUUUAUUAUGAUCUAGUCUUAGAAUGUUGUUGACUAAUAUGUCCCAAAACUAUCCAUAUUGGAGUAAACUAAAUUAUUUUUUAUUAGUGUUGGCAAAAAAUCAUAUAUACUUUAAAAAGAAGAUAUGCUCCCUCCCUCCUAUUGAAUGGUUGUGACCUUUAAGGCAGCAUUUUUUAAUAGGGCACAUCGCAAGAGUAGUUGAACCUUGUAUUUAAAUCUACUGCCAAUAUCAAAAUUAUCAUUAAAUAUCAUUUAUAUUGAAACACAUAUCUGGCUCCAAAAUCAGUUGUGUAUUUAUCAAGGAAAGCAUUCCUUAUUUAGAGCAUAAUAGCUUGGUGAUAGAUAAAUAAUGGUCAUUUAGAACAAAUGUCUCUAGCAAUUAUUUCUACUUUCUUUUUAUCAUAGAAAUGAACAUACAAACAAGAGAGAGAGAAAUGGGGUUUAUUGUCCACUCAAUACAAACUAGGUCAUUUUGUGACUAACAUGGUGGUUUUUAGCAGCGGGAGGAAAUAGAAGAACCUGGAUAGAACUCAAAGGCUAGACAGGCAACCCUACUUCUUGUCACUUACAAGCUGGGAAUCAAAACCAUGCCAGUUGACGAAAUGACAGACCUUAUGAUCUAAAGUAGAUACAUUGGACCUCUCGACCCCCCCCCCCCAAUCCCUACACAGAAUAGAUUUUAAAAAUCAAAUCUCAUUAUCACAAUACUUCAUGCAAUAUAAUUAAUAUAAAUAUAAUUGAUAUUAUAUAACUUUCAUAAUUUAUAAGUAUUGAAUGUUGUAUGGUUUUAAUCUGAUUUGGUUUAACAUUCUAUAAAAACUACCUGACAUAAUUCUUCAUUCCACUAGAAUCAUUCCAUUAUUGUGUUGUAUCAUAUCACCAACCCUUCAAUAAACCAAUCAUAUUAUAGUAUGGUUACAUGCCUUUAGAAUAAAAUUGUUGCUUCUUUGAAAUAAAAUAAAUAAUUAAAAAUA